UUAGCUGUUGAGAUGAAGCUGAAGAGAAGGAAGACAAGGUCGGGUACGCCGAGCAUUUCUGUCAGCUGCUUGUGGAUGAUUUGUUCCCUGAAUGACAUUUGCUGUUGUGUGUUUCUUCGAAACCUGUACCAGCCGAUGACGUUCUACGAUAAAAGAAACAACAAUAUGGAAUCGAUAAUGACGAAAGACACCAACAUAAUUCCUAACUUUUAAUGACCACUAACACCACUUCAUAUCUUCAACAUCAGACUAACAAAAUGACAACAAAAAGCAUUGUACAUAUUUUUACUUUAAUCGUACUUCAUGCAGAAUUUUGAGGGCUAGUGUCAUAAUGGAUGAAACAAUUAUGGGUGUUUGCAAGUAAAACUACCAGUAAUCAGCACUAGAUGAUACAAAUGACAUAUGCAUGUUAGCACAACAUUAUAGCAACAAAAUAAUAAGACAGAAGACAGAUGUUCACUUACUUUCCGUCUAUCUUUGAGAAUAUUCUUAAGGACUUCUUCAUUGACUUUGCCAGCAUAGUCAUAAAAACUGAGAAGAAAAUGUGACAAGUCAGAAAUUUUCAAAAUCUCUCUCAUUCUACUCAUGAGUCCAAUAACGGAUAUAAAGAACACAUUAAAGCAAUCAUCAACAUUGUAGUUACAUUACAUUACAGUUUAACAUUGACAGAUGCUGAAAAUCUACCAGGGAACACUCCAGUGUUUAAUAAAGACAAGGGCUCAAAAAGUCAAGCAAUAACUCACCUAAACAAGUGUGCACAAGGAUCAUGAUUAUGGAUAUCUGUUGGGAAAAUGUGGGUAAAAAAUGAACAUAGAACCAUACAAUCUAGAAAUUGUAGCACAUGAUACAAACAACUUAAUGCAUUUCAAAACACAGUCAGUAAGAGUAGCAAGAAGAUUUCAAGUAAAAAUGACAAUUCUAGAGAUGAAGUACCUAGCCAGAACAGGAAAUAUAGGAAGGUUAACAUCCCGUGCCAUCAAAAAUAAUGUAUCGAUUCAUGCUAUUUGACACAAAGCAAGAAAUAAGAAUAACUAUCAUUUGGCUUGGUACAUUAAAUACAUAAAUUAAAUUAAUGAAUACAAAGCUUUGGUUACUCUAAAUGCAAUCCUUAAAUCACUGCUUUUACAGAUGACAUUGGUCAUAGGAUGAAUUCAGUUGUUUCAUAAUUAAGUUUAAGUUUGUGUGACUUAGACUUUAUGGUUUUAUUUUAUAUAAAGCAGGCAAUGAAGGAGGUAAAAAGUAAAAGACACCUCACAGAAGAAAUGAACAACUGUGUCUCUUGAGUUCUCAUAAACUGCCACUCCUCUAGAUAAUAAUUCAUUGAAAUACAGAGGAUGUCCUGCAACGUACGACAUUGUCCUUAAAAAUUAAACUUCUUAAAACAACUAUGGCACCAGUGUUUUGUCAGUAGCAAGUCACUGAUAUCAAGAUGAACUCUGAAUGAAUUUUGGGAGCAAAAAAAAAAAAAAAAGCAAAGUAAAUAAAUAAUAAAAAGACGCACAUCUUACCUACAACCUGCACCAGUUCUGCAGUGCUAAUCUGAGUGUCGCUGAUGCUGACGGUUUCUUCUUGUCUUACUUCUCCAAACAGGAAGCCCUCCUGAGUGAAUGAAACAAUUGAAACAAGUUAAGAUACAUUAGUGUAUUAAAGUGAUUAAAAACAUUUCUAUAAUAGUUGUUAAUUUAUUCUCAAUGUAUUGACAGGUUUGUGCUACAAGUGAAGUUGGUAAAAAUUAAAGAUAAAAUCUUUUUGUUUCGUUGUUGUUUUUUCAUGCAUGGCAGGUAUAUGCAUUACUGUCCUAUAGUAAAACCUGAAUACAUAAUGGAAUAAAACGGAUUUGCCGAAAUGAUGAGAUUAGUUUAGUUAAUAAUAAAACAGAACUAGUUAAAACAUUGCCCAGUAAAUCUAACAGCUAAAUGGAUGACCUCUUGACAGCUGUCCUGCUCAAACAGGAAUGCAGAGAAACCAGUUACAAGAAACUAACCUCGAGUUGUUUGGCAGAAAUGCAAAUUACAGUAUUUUCAGAACGACAACUGUAGGUAACAUGGUUUGAAAGCAAAAGCCAGAGGAAAAGGAUGAUAGGGAAGUAAUGGUUUGGUGUCAACAUGACAGCGCAAAUACGCGGAAGUCACUUAACUGUGGAGCUUUGCUAGCUUGGAAAGUAGCUGAGUAUUUCCUGCAACUUGCACUUAAUAUACAACUUUUAUUACACGAAAACCGGCGUCCCAUACGAGUACACAGAGCUGAGUUUCAACAAUUGACCUCUGCUGUCCGGACUACACAAGCGCCGGAUGUGUUUUCAGGUAGCAGUUACUGUCCUGGCAGUUAAAACAAACCCGCCGGUAAAUAGACGACACCACCGCUAGCUAACCACGGCAUUGACACACACUGGCGAUCGGUCAUGCGGCAAAUCACCACACACUUAAGGAACCACAGACUUACGUGAUCCGAGUUGCUGUUGGCGCUGUGAUAACACACAGAACUAAAAGUAUAACCUGAAAUAGAUGCCGCCAUGAUGAAAACAUCCCUAGCAGCCCUGCUCUUCUUCACUCACUUUAGUAAAGCCUCAAAAACAACUUUGACCUACACAUUGCCACCUACUGGCGGCACUGUCAAAUUGCAUUCAUUUUUUAUUUCGUAUUAUUUAUCAAAACAUUCAUUCACGAACAAACCCGAGUCUAUUUUCUUGAAUUUAGAGAUUAAUGACGAUGUUUUCGGAGAUUCUUUUAAUUCAUGUGUUAUCGCACGUGCCAAAAACUAGGAUUUUCAAUUGCUAUCGUUUUUUCUAUUAAUUUCUGUGCACUUUCACACUGGGAACUAAUAACCAAGUGUGCAAUUCGUUGUGGCUGUUCGACGUUUUAUUUGCUUUUCGCUGCAACUAUAAAACCUAUUCUACUUCCUGUUGAACCUUCACCGCAAUGGCUUUUGGGAACUGUAGUAUGGCGUCCACAAUGCCCGGUCCAACUGCGGACUCACAUGGUGCUGAAGACACCUCGGAUCCAGAGAUCUCCGAUGUUGAUUUUAUACCUUCGAAACUUGGGACUAAACAAUACUGGGAAGAUGCAUACCAAAAGGAGCUGGAGACUUUUAAAGACAUCGGAGACGUCGGAGAAAUUUGGUUUGGUGAGGAGAGCAUGCGGCGUGUGCUCCGAUGGAUGGAGAAAGAAAAGAUUCCGAAAAAUGCCUCCAUUCUUGACAUUGGAACUGGGAAUGGGGCUUUUUUAGUAGAACUGGCCAGUCAUGGAUUUAAGAAUCUCACCGGAAUCGAUUACUCUCCAGCUUCUGUGGAACUGGCUCGAAAUGUUCUCCAAGCAGAGGAUCUGCUAGAUAUCUCGGUGAAGGAGGUGGAUUUCCUAAAUUGUCAUGGGGUGUUGAAGGGGUUUGAUGUUUGCAUCGACAAGGGCACGUUUGAUGCUGUCAGUUUAAACCCAGACACCACUGUUGACCACAAAAAACUCUAUGUGCAAGCUUUGAAAGGCGCUCUCACCGACGGUGGCCUUUUCUCCAUUACAUCCUGUAACUGGACCAAAGAUCAGCUUCUGAAACAAUUCAGCGAAGGAUUUGAAUUUGUGCUGGAGUUGCCAACACCCACUUUCCAAUUUGGAGGCAAGACGGGCAGCAGUGUAGCUGCACUUAUAUUCAGGAGAGUGUGAUUAUUACCUCUUUGUCAGCUAAUAUUUCUACUCGUUUUCUGGAUGUCUGACACCAGCAGAUAAAUGUUUUGAAUACUGGUGCUCAAAUGAGUUUUCUCUUGCAAUCCGUGAUAUAGUUUGUCACGGUAUGUUCUCAAGGAAGGGUGUUUACCUUAUAUAUUUUAUUUUUUUAUCCCAUGGUAUUCUGUCAAGCCAAUGAAUAUAAUGUGAAGUCUAAUGGGUUUUAAUCACAUGCUUAUAGUUCCAGACUUGUUGACAACAGAACAUCUGACUGAUAUUAACCAUGGAUCAUUUUGUUUUCAUUUUUUGACGAUCAAAUGUUUUCACAUGAUAUCUUAUUUCAUUAGCGUCUUAUGCAGGUUUUGCUGUGAAUCGACACUGAAUCUGUGAAAUACAAAGACAGAUUAAAAGAUGUGACUCAUAAAUGUAGUGCUUCUUGUCCCCAAAUAAAAAGUCAG